AAGGUUUGGCGUUAGAGUUGUCAAACUGUUUCGUGUGCUAAGUAAACCCAACUGCAGGUUCUUUUUUUUUUCUAUUUAGGGCGAACAUAUGAGUCGUAUGGCAGGUGUAAAGUAUAAUUCGCAUGACAGACCUUAAAAAUAUAUGACAUUCGCAAAGUGAAAAUAAUUUUAAAAAUUGUGUGAUAUACGAAAGGAUGGGAUGGUUCGUUUAGGACCGGUCAGCAAUCUUGAAAUAGUGACAGCCAGCAGCCAGACAAAACAGAACUUGUAGAUAGCGGGGAUGACACUCUUUUGAAAGCAGUUGUAAGAAUCAUGCUCGUCUCGUAGCCAUAAACAUUGGCCACAAUUGUUUACCAUAUCAUGACAACUGGGCUGCGUCAUAUCGCCACUGAACCAGCCAGUUUAAGCAUCAGAUACCUUGGAAUGGACAAGAAAAGAAGUCCUCAAUUCAGAAACAAGAUGAAAUCAGUGACUGGUGGAGCUUCUGACUCUGAGGGCAGUGUUGAGAGCAAUAGUCUGUCUGCAGAGUCAGCCACUGAUAUUGUGCCAAAAACACCCCCAAAGGAUGGUGUUGUUCCAAAUAAAAGAACCACACGACGUGGAUCUGAGUGGGAAAUUCUAGAAGGUUUAAAAGAAGGACAGAGAUUUGAUAAGAAGCCAGAUGUGGCCACUGGGUACCUACACAAGAAAAGAAAAUGGCCCCUGAAGGGCUGGCACAAGAGGUACUUUGUAGUGGACAAAGGUAUCCUAAUAUAUGCAAAAAGUCCUGGCGAUAUUGCAAGAGGAAAGAUUCACGGAUCUGUUGAUAUUGGGUUGUCUGUUAUAUCAACAAAAGAAAAGAGGCGACGCCUUGAUAUUGAUGCUGAGGAAUUCAUUUACCACUUGAAGGCAAAAACCCAAGACAGCUUUGUGAAAUGGGUUGAGCAGCUAAAGCAGCACAGAUUGUACAGGCAACAUAUUCUGACAUUUGGAACAAGAGAGCUACCUGUAAUAAAUGCUCAGGAUGAUAACAGUCCAUCAGCAAACUGUACAAUUCAGCAGACGCCCCUCAGCAGUCAUUUGUUCAAGGCCUCACUAUUCAGAGGUGGAAAACCUAUAGAACUUCCAAUGACACCACCAGACCUGACACCAAGCCGUGAAGGUUCUCUUCCGAGAGGAGUGAAGCCUUGUUCUCCCCCACCGAACAUCUUAGGAGGUUUAGCCUCUGGCCGCCUUGCUGCAUGGGUUAUUGAUUCCUUCUCAUCACUAGAUUCACUCAACAAAGAAUUGGGACAAAUUGGUCAGAACAUAACUCAGUUGUGCCGCAUCUUGGAACAAAUAGAGGCAAUUCCAACUACAGAUGCUGAGAUUGCCACAGAAAGCUUUUCACCAAAUGUGAAGAAAGACCGAAAAAAAUUUGGAUUGCGUAAAAAGAAGAGUUCUAAAGGCAGCUCUGUAGAUCUUACAGGAUCAAGUCCAAGCAAAAAUACAGACCCAGAGUCAGCCUCACCACUAUCUACCUGCUCACUGGGGACGGGACAUAGUCCAUCACUUCAGCAGGCACUGAGUAGCAGCAACACUUCCUUACCUACAGCAUCAGCCCCAAUAGCUGUCGCUGUGGCCCGGCCUCAGAGCUUGCCAGGAACGGAGCAACACCUCUUAGUGGCUGCAGGGAGUCCAGGACUGCUGCUCCCUUCUGGAACACCAACAGACAAUCAGCUCAGAGAUGAUUUUCAAGUGCUUGCAAAAGACAUUCACAGCAGCCUCAAGUCAGCCUUGUACACUUUGUCCACUGAGCGUGACCGACUGAAAUCUGCUCUCGAGUCUGACAGCAGUGGAUCUCUAAAUGCGAGCAGCAUGGCGACAUCUGGAAGUGGAAUGGUUGCAGCUCUUCGAACGUCUCUGAGUCAGGCAAUACAGCAAAAUGGGGAAUUACGCCAACGACUGCAACGUAUUCAUGAUGUCGCAGAUCUGAGUGACCUCUCCUCAAUAGGACCUGCUUCUGAGGUGCAGAAACCACUACACGCAUCACUUUCAUACAGCUCCUCCUGCGUUAGUGCUUCAGAGUUCUUCGAUGCCGAAGAGUAUCAAAUACAAGACGGUGGAGGGGGUCGUGAAAGUGAUACUUCUUCAGAAGCUGGCAGCAUAACGAGUGAGGAAGGCAGUGUCAGUAGUGAGAACAGUGAGGUCGGCACUGAAUACACUCCUGCACAGAGUGCGGCUCCUGGAGGAGGCAGUACAAGUAUAAAAUGUAUGACUGGCAGGAGAACCAAACUGCCCGCCGUCCGUCCAGACACAGAAGGACUUUCAUUGUGGAACCUUUUGUGCAAGAAUAUUGGCAAAGAUCUUUCACAAGUUUCAAUGCCAGUGGCUUUAAAUGAACCUCUCUCCAUGUUACAGAGAAUGUGUGAAGAACUGGAAUAUAGUGAACUUCUAGACAAGGCUUCUGAACUUGAUGAUCCAUAUGAGCGUAUGGUAUAUGUAGCAGCAUUUGCUGUGUCAAGCUAUGGUUCAUCAUAUUUUCGUGCUGGCAGCAAACCAUUUAAUCCUCUGCUAGGGGAAACGUAUGAAUGUAUUAGAGAAGAUAAAGGCUUUAGAUUCAUUGCUGAACAGGUUAGCCAUCAUCCUCCAAUAAGUGUGUGUUAUGCAGAAUCCAGAAAUUUUAUUUUUUGGCAAGAUGCACGAAUAAAAACAAAGUUCUGGGGCAAAUCAAUGGAAUUCCAGCCAACAGGUACAGUGAAUGUUCUCCUUCCAAAGUUUGGUGAUCACUAUCAGUGGAACAAAGUGACAACCUGUGUCCACAACUUGUUUGGAGGACAGCGAUGGGUUGACCAAUAUGGGGAAUUGCGUAUUACAGCUGGCAAGAUAAACUGUAAACUCACAUUUGUAAAGGCCAGCUAUUGGUCAGCAAAACGCCAUGAAGUGUUUGGUGUGAUCACAAAUGAAGAUGGCAAGGUUGUGAAAAAUUUGUUUGGGAAGUGGAGUGAAGCACUGUACUGCGGCGUAGCUCCAUCAGCACGCUGUAUCUGGAGGCCAGGCACCAUGCCAGAAGAUUAUGAACUAUAUUAUGGCUUUACAAGAUUUGCUAUUGAGCUAAAUGAACUGGAUCCAGAUAUGUCAAAAUAUCUACCAAUAACUGACACCCGCUUCAGACCUGAUCAAAGGUUGUUAGAAGAGGGGAACCUUUCUGGAGCAGAGACUAUUAAACUUCAGUUAGAACAAGCACAGCGGGAGAGGAGAAAACGCAAAGAACAGGAGGGUAUACAACAUCAGCCAAAAUGGUUUAGCAAGCGCAUGUCGGAUACAGGUGAAGAAAUAUGGGAAUAUUCUCAUCGUUACUGGGAAUGCAGAAAAAACCCAGGCUUUGUUAACAUGUCAUUUGAAGCCAUUUGGUAG